UAUUUCAAAUAUAAAAUAUUCAAUUAUUUAUACAUAUCGAACCUAAACCAAGACAUAGUAUCCAACCCUUCUCGUACCAUUAUUCAUCACGACAAAAAAAACAUGCUGAAACCUCACCUCCACCACCACCACUCAAACUCUACUCAACCCUUACCCACACGGCAGCACAAGGCUUUUGUCGCCGGAGAUGGCAUCUCUUCUAGUGGUGACAGUGGAAGCGCCGCCAGUUUCCUUUCUCUCAACAAGUUUUCAUUUCCUAUCAAACCAAACGGCUUACAUGCAGUACGGUCAUCUCGUCAAAUCAAAGCCAUCGCCACUGACAAAUCCACCGCCACCGCAACCACCACCAAGGUGAAAGCCAUUAUCACCGUUCAGGUGACCAUGGGUGGGCUCAUAUCCAGUAUAGGGCUUACAAAAGGACUUGAUGAUAUAGCAGAUUUGCUCGGGAAAUCCCUCCUAUUGGAGCUAGUUGCUGCUGAUGUUGACUCUAGGACAGGGAUACCGAAGGAUACGAUUAAACAUUACGCACACCACACAGGGCUAGACAUAAAAGAUGUAAAGUAUGUAGCGGAAUUUGACGUGCCAGACGACUUUGGUCAAAUCGGCGCCAUUUUGAUAGAAAAUGAACACCACAAAGAGAUGUAUUUGCAGACAAUUCGACUCGAAGGAUUUUCCAACAACACGCUGGAAAUCAUUACCUUCAACCCGAAUUCUUGGGUUCAUUCCAAAUUCGAUAAUCCUGAAAAACGUAUUUUCUUCACUAAUAAGUCGUAUUUACCAUCGGAAACUCCCAGCGGACUGAAGCAUCUCCGAGAGAAAGAUCUAGCUAGCCUUCGAGGCGAUGGUGUCCCCGAAGGCCCUCGGAAAAAGCACGAUCGAAUAUACGAUUACGAUGUAUACAAUGAUCUCGGUGAUCCGGACAAGAAGCCGGAAUUGGCACGUCCGGUGCUCGGAACCGAGGAUUUGCCUUACCCUAGGCGUUGCAAAACCGGUCGCCCUCGCACUAAAUCAGAUCCUUUAUCAGAGUCAAGACACAGUGGUAUCUACGUGCCAAGAGAUGAAGCCUUCUCGGAAUUGAAAAAUAUGACAUUCUCAGCAAGGACAGUAUACUCAUUGAUGCAUGCAGUUAUCCCUUCAUUACAAACAUCCAUUAUUGACCACGAGCUUCCAUUUCCACAUUUCACAUCAAUUGACUCUCUUUACAAGGAUGGGCUUCAUAUGCCCCAGUUAGAAUCCAAAGGGUUUCUUAGAAAUACACUACCUCGACUUCUCAAAAUGGUUGAAGAUACCCAACAUAGCAUAUUGCGCUUUGAGACCCCUGCAAUAUUCAAAAAAGAUAAAUUUUGUUGGUUAAAAGAUGAAGAACUUUGUCGACAAACUCUUGCUGGCCUACACCCAUGUGCCAUUCAAUGUGUGAAGGAAUGGCCUCUAAAAAGUCAACUCGACCCUGAAGUGUACGGCCCACCGGAAUCAGCAAUUACAAAAGAAUUAAUCGAGGAAGUAAUUGGAGGCAUCAUCCCGGUUGAGGAGGCGUUAAAGCAGAAAAAGCUUUACAUCAUAGACUACCACGACAUCCUCCUCCCAUACGUAAACAAAGUGAGAGAAAUCGAAAACAUGAGAACAACGUUAUACGGAUCAAGAUUACUAAUGUUCUUAACACCUUCCGGAACCUUACGACCAGUGGCCAUUGAAUUAGUCCGGCCACCUGGCGAUGGAACACCGCAAUGGAAACAAGCAUUCACUCCACGGUGGGAUUCCACCGGAGCCUGGCUUUGGAAAUUAGCCAAAGUCCAUUUCCUUGCUCAUGACACCGGAAUCCACCAGCUUGUAAGCCACUGGGUGAGAACUCAUGCGUCCACCGAGCCGUAUAUAAUUGCGAGUAAUCGCCAGCUAAGCGCAAUGCAUCCGAUUUAUAGACUUCUGCACCCUCAUUUUCGAUAUACAAUGGAGAUUAAUGCGUUGGCUAGGGAAUCGCUUAUUAAUUGUGCAGGGAUUAUCGAGUCGUCUUUUUCGCCUGGGAAGUAUAGUAUAGAGUUGAGCUCGGUUGCUUAUGGUCAACUAUGGCGUUUUGAUAAAGAAGCCCUGCCUGAAGACCUAAUUAGAAGGGGUAUGGCGGAGGAAGAUCCGAAUUCUCCACACGGGCUAAAACUAUCCAUCGAAGACUACCCAUACGCAAAUGACGGUUUAGUCCUUUGGGACGCAAUCAAAACAUGGGUAACCGAUUAUGUCACCCACUAUUACCCCGACCCAAAUCUCGUAACAUCCGAUCAUGAGCUCCAAUCAUGGUGGACUGAAAUCCGAACUGUGGGCCACGCAGACAAAAAAGACGAACCCUGGUGGCCCACCCUCCAAACCCCACAAGACCUAAUCAAAAUCCUUACAACAAUGAUAUGGGUAACAUCCGGUCACCACGCAUCGGUCAACUUCGGUCAAUACGAUUAUGGUGGUUACGUCCCGGGUCGACCCACAAUUGCCCGGGUCAAAAUGCCGUGUGAAGAUCCAUCCGAAGAUAGAUGGGAAAAGUUUAAGCAAAGGCCCGAAGAUGAACUUUUGGCUACUUUUCCUUCUCAACUUCAAGGGUCGCAAAUUAUGUCGGUUUUGGAUGUGUUGUCGAAUCAUUCACCUGAUGAGGAAUAUAUUGGGGAAAAAAUGGAACCGGCUUUUGAACAGGAUUUGAAGAUUAAAGCGGCGUAUGAGAUAUUUGCGGGGAAGUUGAAGGAAUUGGAGGGGAUUAUUGAUGGGAGGAAUGCGGAUGAUGGGUUGAGGAACCGGAAUGGAGUUGGGAUUCCGCCGUAUCAACUUCUUAAGCCUUUUUCGAAACCGGGGGUGACUGGAAUGGGAGUCCCGAAUAGUAUUUCCAUUUGAAGUGUAGUAUAAAAUAGCUAGUUGAAAUGGUAUGGAAGACUGGUGUGUCUGUCUUUAUAACAUAUUAUAUAUUAUAUACAUAAUAAAUAAAUAAAUAAAUGUUUGGUAUUAUUAA